AUGAAAAUAACUGCCCAAGCUGCGGGUGGUUUGGCGGACGAGGACUACCAAGUUCUCGAGGCAGGAUUUUCCGAACGCCCUGAUGGUUCAGGUUUGGCGGUGAUCUUCCAGCGCGACCUACUCGCAGAAGAUCCAUGGAACGGUGAUCGCAGAACUGAUGAUUACUUCUCCAACAGCUACUGUAUAACCCUUGGAUCCGGAGAGACAGUAUACGGAGGGCUGGAGCAGAUUACCUUCUCAGGAAACCAAGGAACUUUCAAUUUCUCCGACAUUAUAGCCAGCACCCUCGGCACAGAACGACAGCUCAUUGUUGAUUUUCAAGUGCCCGGGCAUGACCUGCGGCUCUUUCAAGAGACCCUUAAAAGGAUCGUGACAUGGGGCGUUCCCAGUCAGGUUCCUGAGUUGUACGGAUUUCGUUAA